GUCUGCCUGGGUAUCUCAACCCUCUCAACCCAUGGAAAGAUAUGGGGAAUUGCUUGUUCUCGCAAAAACCCCUUAGUGGUAUACAUUACGAUAUUGCAACUCUACCCCUUUCCUCCUUCGUGCCGGAGAACAUCGGUGGCAAACACUGCACGCAUCCGAAAGCAGGCUACGAGCUUGAGCCUACAAAUCGAAUCUUGACUCCACCUCCUAAACAAAAUGUGAAAGCUCCGAGCUUGAGCUUGUCCGCCGGCAGUUCCUGAGGAACAACGUCAUGGACCAGAAGUUGGCGCCGGGACAAGUCCGGCUGCGGAGCACAAGCUGUCUGAGCCUCGGAGUUAAUGCGAGGCCAUCCCACGACUAGGACAGCUAGCUGGUCGCAUCACUAAUACCUGUUUAAUAGGGCCUCUGACGGAUCCUUUGUACUGACUUACUGCCAUUUCCCAAUCUUCAAGUUUCUCGAUUGGCGCGUCAAUAUGCACAUUCUCAUCACAGGCGCUGCGGGGUUCAUCGGCCAGCUGCUGGCGAAAGAGCUUUUAAACGACUCAUCCCACAUCGUCACUCUCACUGAUAUCAACGAGCCUCCCAUUCCAAAUGGUGUCACAUACCCUCAGAAUGCACGACCCGUGACAGCGGAUUUGCUGAAAGGCGCGGAUGCCGUCGUGGACAAGUCCCUCGACGCCGUCUACGCCUUUCACGGAAUCAUGUCGUCCGGGUCAGAAGCCAACUUUGAGCUAGGCAUGAGUGUCAAUGUGGACGCUACACGAAAUUUGCUCGAGGCCCUCCGCAGAACCUGUCCCGGCGUGCGGGUGGUCUAUUCAUCAAGCCAGGCUGUCUACGGCCAGCCACUUCCCGAAGUGGUGAACGAUAGCGUCCUCCCCACUCCUCAGUCCUCUUACGGCGCCGAAAAGAUAAUCUGUGAGACCUUGAUCAACGAGUAUACCAGACGCGGCUUCAUCUCCGGCUUUGUUCUUCGGUUCCCUACUAUUUCCGUGCGUCCAGGUCGCCCGACGGCAGCUGCUUCGUCUUUCCUCUCCGGGAUGAUCCGUGAGCCGCUGGAUGGCAAGGAGUGUAUCAUUCCGCUCAAGGACCGGUCAUUCAAAUCAUGGCUAUGCUCGCCCAAGACACUUGUUCACAAUCUGAUCCAUACGCUAUCGUUACCGGCAGAUGCGCUGCCUCCUCACAUCCGGCAGAUUAACGUGCCCGGCAUCUGUGUUACGAUCCAGGACAUGAUGGAUGCUUUGGAGAAGGUUGCAGGCAAUGACAAGCUCGCUUUCUUGAAAGAGGAGGAGGACCCGACUCUCAGGCCGAUUCUCGAGUCCUGGCCUACGCGCUUCGACAACUCCCAGGCUAUUUCGCUGGGAUUCAAACGCGACUCGUCGUUUGAACAAGCCGUUAGGGAUUACCAGCGGGAUGUGGUGCAGCAAUAAACAUUCCAGUCAGAUUAUGUCCUACGCUUUUACCCUGUGGGUAGAUUCCUCUUUAUGAUAGACCUGAACUUCAAGACUCGUCAACAUUCACA